AUGAUGAAAAAAUUUAUAAAUUCAAUUAAAGAAGUAAUCAUUGGCAUUUACUCAUCAUUUAGAAACUUUGUAGUACCAUAUGGAUCAUUUGGUAAAUCUAGUGAAGCAAGAAAAGCUGAAAAUUUUGCAUUCUUUAUUAAAAUUAUUGUUUGGUUCCCAUUAUAUUUUAUAUGUGGAUUAUUAUUUAUUAUAUUUGCUCAAACAGGAUGGUUUGUCUCUAUGUUGGCUUCAACAGGUAUCCAACCAUAUUUUGAGGCACCAUCUAUAUUAAUUUGUCCCUUAACUGUACAAGAUAGUACCGGUGAUAAUACAAUUCAAGAACAAAAUGAUGAAAUACCGUUUCUAAAUAAUAGCCAUUUUUAUCUAGUAUUAAGGAGUCAAGGUAUUUUAGGAUAUAAAAAAGCUCCAGUUAGAAGGUGUGGAACAAGCUGUUUAUGCUUCGACACUAGCCAAGGAGACUUUAAUACUAUAGAUAACCAAACUCUGAACAAGCAUCCUAUUGAAAAUACUUUUAUUAUGAAAACUGGCAAAACUAGAAAAAAAUCAUUACCAGAUUUAACAGAACUAAACUUAUCAGGAAGAUUGGAUGUUGAUUAUUUAGAGCUGUGGAUAUUUCAUAACUACUUAGAUCCAAAUAAAAGAAUAGUCAAAGUUGGUCUUUACGGGAAUAGUAUUCCUUUAUUACAUGAUGAUUUUCCAAAAACUGCAACUUGGCAUAUAAUGAAACUUGGAGAUGUUACUUUAUUUCUUUUACGCCUAAUAAGAUUCAGAUCAGAAGAAUUUAGCUUGUAUCAAAUUUUGGAUUUACUUUUAUUCUUUCUUUCAAAUAGGGUAAAUAAGCAUAAUUCAAGCUUUUACAUGUAUAACAUACAUUCUGGUCACUUUAUAAACCCUUCUUUAAGUAAUGAGAAUUUUGUUAAUGCCAUUAAAAGAAUUAAAUUAGCUACUAAAGAAGAUAUUAAUAUUGAAAAUUCUAGUGAUUUAUCUGUACUACAUCUUGAAGCUUCCAGUAAAUUUAUUAAAGAAGUUUAUAAGAUUGGUCAAUCUAUGUCUAUUGCUGCAUUUAUUGGUUGCUUAGUUAUUCUUAUUGUUUUAGUAAAUAAUGUUGGAGUUUUUAAACUUUGCUUUAAAAGGAGAAUCAUUAAUGAAGAAGAUUCUCAAGAAGAAAUGAAACCAAAAUUGUGUGUAGCCGCUCCUGUGAAGGCAAUUUCCUGCUAUCUUCUUUCUGAAAACCAUCAAGAUAACCAGGAAUGUAGAACUUCUACUUCUGAUUACCAAGAUGAACUUAAAAUACCAAUCAAUGUUAAAAAUACUAACACCUUAGACGAGGACAAACUCCUAGAUCGUUACUAA